UAAUACCCUUUACCUACUCUCGGAAUGGGUUGUUUAUCCACGACUCUCACCAAUAUAUCAAUGACUCGCUCUCCUUGUUAAUAUUCCCAACUUGACACCAAAAUACUACUCUACAUUUCAUCUCUUCCCCUCAAGUAUGGAUGAGCUAUUGCCAAGACCACCAAACUCAAGCCCUUUGACACCUCUAGGAUUCCUGGACAGAGCUGCUGUUGUCUACGGAGACUGCCCUUCUCUGGUUUAUGGAGACAUUAGCUACACCUGGUUAGAAACUCGUGACAGAUGUCUGAAACUCGCUUCUUCUAUUUCUCGUCUUGGACUUGGAAGACGCGACGUUGUGUCCGUUAUAGCGCCUAAUAUUCCAGCCAUGUAUGAGCUCCAUUUCGCAAUUCCUAUGGCUGGGGCCGUGCUCCACUCCAUCAACACUCGCCUGGACGCUCGCACUGUCUCUGUGAUUCUAGGCCACAGUGAGUCCAAGCUUGUUUUCGUGGAUUACCAGUCAAUCUCUGUUAUUUCAGAAGCCAUUUCCCUCUUGCCACCUAACUCUAAGGUGCCGCUUCUGGUGCUGAUUGGGGGCGAGGAAAAAGAAGAAUCAGCAGCAUCGCUUGAUUUCCAUUGUACUUUCGAGGAUAUGAUGAUCAGGGGUGAUCCGAGUUUCGAGUGGGUCUGGCCGGAGAGCGAAUGGGAUCCACUCACAUUGAAUUACACCUCAGGGACAACCUCAGCGCCAAAAGGGGUGGUACAUAGCCAUAGGGGGACAUUUAUUGUAACAUUUGAUUCAUUAGUUGAAUGGUCAGUUCCUAAACAACCAGUACUAUUGUGGACCCUUCCUAUGUUUCAUGCCAAUGGCUGGAGCUUCACCUGGGGCAUGGCUGCUGUGGGUGGGACUAACAUUUGUCUCCGAAAAUUUGAUGCUCACACCAUCUACUCUGCCAUUGACAGGCACGGAGUCACGCACAUGUGCGGUGCCCCGGUUGUACUCAAUCUGCUCUCGAAUUCUGCAGACGCCAGGCCACUCAAAUUUCCAGUGCAAAUCAUGACGGCAGGGGCUCCUCCACCUGCAGCUGUGCUUCUCAAAACGGAGUCCCUGGGAUUUAGGGUCACUCAUGGCUAUGGCCUGACUGAGACAGGCGGCCUGGUCGUGUCCUGUGCGUGGAAAUCAAAAUGGAAUAAGCUAUCGGCUCCGGAGAUUGCAAGAUUGAAGGCUCGACAGGGAGUGAGAACAGUUGGUAUGACAGAAGUGGAUGUGGUUGAUCCUGAGACAGGGGCUAGUGUGAAGCGAGACGGGACGAGCCUAGGAGAAAUUGUGCUGAGAGGCGGGUGUUUGAUGCUUGGUUACCUCAAAAAUCCAGAGGCCACAUCCAAGAGCCUGGGGAAAGACGGGUGGUUCUACACUGGAGAUGUUGGCGUGAUGUACCCUGACGGCUACUUAGAGAUCAAGGACAGAUCCAAGGAUGUGAUCAUAAGUGGCGGCGAGAAUUUAAGCAGCGUGGAGGUUGAAUCCAUAUUGUACACGCAUCCCUUGAUCAACGAGGCCUCAGUGGUCGCAAGGCCUGAUGAGUUCUGGGGAGAGACACCGUGUGCAUUUGUGAGUUUGCGCGGAGAUGCAAAGAAAGGUGAGGUGAAGGAGGAGGAGAUCAUAGAAUUCUGCAGAAGUAAGUUGGCGCAUUACAUGGUGCCCAAGACAGUGGUGUUUCUGGAGGAGCUUCCGAAGACCGCAACCGGGAAGAUUCAGAAAUUUGUUCUCAGAGAAAUGGCCAAGAAGCUGGGAUCUGCAGACAUUAGGAGUCGCAUGUGAAACCAGGCAAUUAAGGUUCUGUUCUUACAAUAUGUGUACUGUUUGUUCUGUGAUUUUAAGAAUUUGAUGUCGCCAGUACUUAACUAAUUAGGUGAUUGCCAAUUUUAUUACUGCUGUUAUUGCAGUUUUAUCAAUUUAUUGCACAAGAAUAUUAUAACAAUUUUUAUCUUA